AUGGCCAAGGCAGCAUCUACAUAUGUUCUUUCCAUCAUCUUCCUUGUUCUGUUUGCCUUAGUUGAGCAGAAUAUGGGAUGCACUGCGAGUAUGAGACCUUGUGAACUCGGCAAAAACUGUACUUCACAGUGUAGAGUUACGUUCGGAAAAAUUGCUAGCGGCUUCUGUGAUUGA